UUUCGUCCAACACAAAAAGCACAAACUACUCACAAGUUCUCUAGCUACGAGGACACGCUAGAAGCAAGCUCGUUGAUAGCAGCUUGCCUCAAGGUUCUCGAUCAACCGUCGGGGACAAGAGAUGGACCGUGUGAUGAAGAUGGCGCCAGAGAGAGGGGUGGUGAUCUUCACCUUGAACUCAUGCUGCAUGUGCCACACAGUAACCCGCCUCUUCACCGACCUCGGUGUCAAUGCUCUGGUUCAUGAGCUAGACCAUGAUCCCAAGGGCAAGGAGAUGGAGAGGGCGCUCCUAAAGCUUCUCGGGAAGGGGCCACCCGUCCCGGCAGUGUUCAUCGGUGGAAAGCUUGUCGGCGGCACCAAUAAGAUCAUGUCUCUGCACCUUGGUGGUGAGCUGGUCCCCAUGAUACGGAAUGCAGGUGCUCUAUGGCUGUAGAGGGCAGUCUACACGUCAACAUAGUCGGAGGGCCGGAUAUUCAGAGCCUAACUCCGGUACCACUCGACAAAAUAAAUUGUCCAAUAGUGUGGAAGACAAGUUUUGGUAGAAUAACCUAAUAGCCUAAGUAGCACUACGUCGAGAUAGGUUUUUCCAAGUCCUACUCUGACAACAAAUUUUGGAUUACCAUAGGUAGUAAGCUAUGUGCAUGGUUUAUGCAUAUAGUUAGGUUGCUUUUGCGCCUCUGUUCUUACCCCGAUCAAUUUAUCUACCAUCUGUAUUCUACUUACCCUUUUUGCGCAUUUCUUUUAAUGUAUAAGAACGAUUACUGA